ACCUCGGAACUAUUUGACGACCUAUUCGUCUGUUUUAUGGCGAUCUUCUGUUUAUUACUUCUAUGGAGGACAUGAAACUUCAAUGCAGACCUUUGAGGAUUACUUUUGCAUUCUUUUUUGCCGAUUAAACUUUCAAGUUGACUUUUUUUGUGUGCAGAAAGUGGACGUCUUCGUUGUGGAGAACUUGUGGACUAAGGCGGCGUUUUGACGUGGAGCUAAGCUAUGGAUUUUUAAACUAUCUUCUCUUUUCUUUAGGGGCCAGUUGCUUGGGUUUUCAUGUAAGGAGACGAGCUGCACUUUUGUGUCCCCGCCACAAUCCCUGCCUUGCUGGAGAAUCAUUCCUUUGUUUCCUCCACUGAUCGAUGAUGAUGUCAAAGCAAGAACCCUGGACUCAAAUCCGGAUCACUUCGGUCUUUGUGAUGAUUAUGGUCCUUGGCAGCUACGCAGCAGAUGUCCCCGCGGAGGAGGGCUUCAAUGCAGAGGCAUGGCUACGUCAGUUUGGCUACCUGUCUCAGGCCAGCAGACAGAUGUCCACCAUGCAGUCCGCUCAGAUCCUGUCCCAAGCCGUCAGUGACAUGCAGCGUUUCUACGGCUUGGAGGUGACUGGGAAGACGGACGCUGCCACCAUCAGAGCCAUGCGUCGACCUCGCUGUGGCCUCCCUGACAAAAAAGCCGACACUGAAGAUGGAGCGAGGAGGAGACGCUACGCCCUCACUGGACAACGGUGGGACAAGGACCACCUCACCUACAGCAUAUUGGAGCAGCACAUCCCGCCCUCCCUGGGAGCAGGGCGGAUGCACGAUGCCAUCGGUCGAGCCUUUGACGUGUGGAGAAAGGUCACGCCGCUCACCUUCCAAAAGUUAACGGCUCCACAAGGCAACAGCAGCGGGGCUGAGCUCGCCGACAUCCUGCUGUUGUUUGCCUCUGGUUUCCAUGGUGACAUGUCCUUGUUUGACGGCGAGGGGGGCGCGCUGGCCCACGCCUUCUACCCUGGGCCGGGAAUGGGUGGGGACACACACUUUGAUGCAGACGAACCUUGGACUUUAGACAGUCCAAACUUUCAAGGUGUUGAUCUCUUCUUGGUGGCGGUGCACGAGCUCGGUCACGCUUUAGGCCUGGAGCACUCGGACAAUCCCGACGCCGUCAUGGCUCCCUUCUAUCAGUGGAUUCACACACACAACUUCACGCUGCAUGCUGAUGACAUCCAGGGAAUACAGUACAUAUAUGGUCCUCCUCUCGCCACUCAGGCCCCUCCCAAGUCUCCUCCGUCCUCCGAUGGCUAUCCUGAAGCUGAAUCAACCACCGCUCCUCCCGAGGAUGCCAAACCUGACAUACCGAACCCGACCGAAAGAGCCCCGCGUGUACCGAGCCAGCCUGAAAUAACCCCUGGCACGACUCCCCGCCAUCCCGACAUCGCCACAACCGCCCGUCCUGAUCCUGUCACCCCGCCCAUCAGAAAAGACGUUCCCCUUCCUCCGCCUACCCGGCGGCUUCCCAAGCAGCCUGACAACGCGGCCCCUGACAUCUGUGACGGCGACUUUGACACCGUCACCUUGCUGAGGGGAGAGAUGUUUGUGUUCAAGGGUCGCUGGUUUUGGCGAGUUCGUCGGAACCGCGUCCUGGACAACUAUCCCAUGCCGAUAUCGGUCUUCUGGGGUGGUCUUCCGAGUGAUAUCGACGCCGCUUAUGAACGCCACGAUGGCAAAUUUGUCUUCUUCAAAGAUGAUCGAUACUGGAUCUUCAGGGAAGCGGAUUUACUUCCAGGAUACCCACAACCCAUUGGGCAAUAUGGCCAAGGAGUUCCCGCACACAGCAUCGACACAGCAAUCUGGUGGGAGCCAAACGGACACACCUACUUUUUCUCCGACGACAGGUACUGGCGAUACAACGAGGAGACCCGCAAGGCAGAUCGAGACUUCCCAAAACCAAUCGGCAGAUGGGGCAAGAUCCCUCACUCGCCCAAAGGAGCCUUCCUCAGUGAUGAUGGCGCUUACACUUAUUUCUACAAAGGCGCAAAUUACUGGCGGUUCGACAACCACAAGACCGCGGCAGACAGCGGCUACCCUCGCUCCAUCCUUAAGGACUUCAUGGGCUGCGUGGCCGUCCCCGAGCCUCAACCAGACCCCGAGGCCGAAGACAAGCCCACCGAACCUUCGGACGGAGGAAAGGAUGAGAAGAAAGACGCGGACAAAGGCAAGGACAAAGACACGGAAAACGACGACGAAGCAAAGUCCGACAGUCCGGGGGAAGGGGCGGACGACAACAACGAGGUGGACGUGGUGGUGACGGUGGCCGACGACAACUCCAAAGUCAUGACUCUGAUCAUGGUGGUGGCUCCUCUGGUGCUCAUCUUGGUCAUCCUCGUCUUCAUCUACGCCAUCCUCAGGACUCUGCAGAACAAGGAGACCCCCAGAGCUCUGGUGCACUGCAAGCGCUCGCUGCAGAACUGGGUGUGACACCAACACAAACCGUAAGAGCUUUUUUUCUUAUUCCAGCAUGGCGUGAAGAUGGUUGUAGCCAUGCGACCUACCAAGUGGUUACCACGGUGCCUCUGGAGUCCUUUUUCCAGUACUGCACUAAUGGCACAAUAGAAAUGGAAGGCUUGAAUCAUAGAAAAUGGGGGACAGCUGUGUUAAACACUUGCAUCAGCAACACAUUUGCACUUUUUUUUUUUAUUUUUUUACCCUCUCUGUUGUUGUUGUGCCGGCAGAUGUGACUUACAGUGCUCUCACGCACGCACGCUAGCCGGGGUCAUCCUCCGAGCACACAUGGCCCAGCAUCACAUGACACCAACGAAGAGACCACUUACCCAAACAAAGGCACAUACCAGUUGUUUUUCUUUUUGCACAGACCUCCCUUCUUCCCACUGAGAUCCAUCCUUUAGGCUCCACCCCUAAAAGUACAAUCCCCGCAGUCAUAAUGUUGCACAGUAGAUCCCUGCUAUUUGUGGGGGUUACCUUCCAAGACCACCCACAAAAAAACACGGAAUGAUGGACACACCCAUAAAAAGUACUGUUAUUGGUACUCUCAACAAUAACAGUUUUGAAUGUAUUUUAUAUUCGGUUUUACACAUUUAAAAACCCCAACAGUGUUGUUGUUAGAAAACACAACAAAGCAUCUUCCAGCUGGAAAAUGUUGAGCAAAUUGACCUGUGAGAUAGCGCCCUCUGCUGAGUUCAUAGCUGCAGCACUAACUUUACCAUGCAGGUAGCGCCAUCAAGCCACUUUCUGUUCAGGUUAACAAAAAAAUUGUUGGUACAGUCGUCCCUAGUUUAUCACUGUUAAAUAGUUCCGCUGUAAACACAUUUGGAAUCAUUGAUUAUAAAUCAAAUAUUUUCAUAGCAAGAGCAUUAAAAAAACUGUUUAUGACUUUCUAAAUAGGUUUUUUAACAUUAUUAAAACCCUCGAAGUAUGAAAUAACACCCUUUAGUCACCUUUACACUCUUUUAAUUCAACAUGGUCAUGCUGCCUGAGGCUGAGCCAAUCGGUGGCCACGAUACUGAACCGCCAUUUUGUCCAAACAAAUAUACCCCUCUGAUUGGUUUGGUCUCCUCUAGUGGCCAGUACUACUGUAUUUUGGUUUAUUUAGCCAUUUUAAUGCUUAAUUUAGGCCCAAAAUGUUGUGGAAUAUGCUUUAAAAAUGAUAAAUCCUCCAGUGAUAUGGUAAAGCCGCAAUAUUUGAAGCGUGAUGUGGCGAGGGAUGACUCUUAUUUCCUCUUAAAAGGUUUCUAUGAAAACCAAAAUUGUACUAAAAACCAAGCAAUCUUUUCCAUAAAAUAUGUAAAUGCAUUCCAGACACCCAAAGAUAUGAGCACAUUUUGUAGAGACCAACUGUAGUUGUAUGCAGACAAUGUAAAAUACAUAUAAUUCAACAUUUAACAUCACUUUUAUUUUUAUUGUAGACUUGUAGGAGAUGACGGUGAUGAGUGGACCUACACGGACCCCAUCUUUGUAUAUCUGUCUUGAAUUCAAUAGUGUUUCUCACCUCCUUUAUCAAAGUGCUGGCACUCGCAACUUUCUUUGGCCCCAUGUCCCUCAGAGGUUCUUGACCUGGGGCCGUACUUAUCAAGCUUCUUAGAAUUACUCCUAAGAAGUCUGCUAAGAGUUGACUUAAGAGUAAAUAAAUUCUUCGCUGAAAGCUGCACUUAAAAGUUAGUUAUCAAGCGUCUUACUCACACUUUCAGCGAAGUGUAGGACUGAAUCUUAAGUGUCACACUCAGAGCUGAAUUACGACAUUACUAUGUGCCGUAAACGGAAUUUUAGGUGACGUCAUUUCUGUGUCCAUAGAAAUGACCAAUCACGGAAGGGAAUCCGUUGUCUAACAAUAAAGAAAUAUCUUGGAAAUAUUUAAGUGGACAAUGGGAGUGUAUAUUUUGACAAUAAACUACAAAAUAAUACAAAACAAACUAGUCCCCGCCGGCACUCACGCUACCGCUCCCUCUCUUCUCUCGCCCACACACUCACUGACGUCACUCACCUCACGGCCACACACAUACGCUACUGUCAUAACAUUUUCUUUCCAAUUCAUUAAUUAGGCAACUAAUUUGAAACUGGUGUGGGUGGCUCUAUAUAUACUAGCCCACUGCAGACACAUGCAGAAAUCAACAAGGAAUCGAAAAGUAUUAAAUCUGUGACAAAAAUAAUAUCCGCUCUGUCUAAACGAUACCGUUUGAUCAGCUGCUCGUCAUAAAAAAAAAAACAUUGUUCCGUUCCCUGAACGUUCGCGCACGUCUCUCUCGCCUCAGUGCCAUCCCCUGCUGGCAACUCCUAACCACUUAAGACACCUCUGAAGGUCUCUUAAAUAUCGUGGAGAGUAGGAGUGAUUCUUAGACUUAAGAACGUUGAUAAAAAGCUUUUAUUCUUAAGUUUGAGAGUAGGACUAAAUUUCGUAAAUUCUCAGGACUUAAGUGUAAAAUGGCACUCUAAGAAGCUUGAUAAGUACGGCCCCAGAUAUUUUGGCAUACAAAACUAGUUUAUUAUGCUCAAUGUUUGGCCGUUGGAGUAACUGAGACGGUAUAGAAAAACUGGGACAAAAUAGUGACAAGUUAAAUCAGAGAAAAUAAAUCUGUACGGAUGGGGAAGGGAUCGACUAAAGGAUAGUUUCACCUUGUAUUGUUGUAUUAUUGUAUGUGUUUCUUCAGUGGGCAAAGCCUGCAGGACAAAAGCAAACAGUCCAGGUCUGCUUUCCAUUAGGCCCACAUGUUGCAGAUUUAGUUGUGUAAGGCUUGCAGAAAGAGGAGGGGGAAAAAGGAAUGAAAAAAACUGGUAGGAUGAGGAGGAAAUGAGAGAAUGAGAUAUAGGAAGAAAGAAAAAGAGUUGGGAGGUGAAGCAAAAGGAUUCCGGUUGUUAUUUCUGUGGAAAAAGAGGCGUAGAGGAAAGAAAAAAAGAAAAAGGGAGGAGCAGCGCUGGCGUUGAGCCUCUUGACCUAAAUCAUUCAAAUCUCCACGUUGUUUGUCUUUAGCAGGAGAUGACUUCCUCUCUGACCUCCUUCUUCACUUUGCCUCUUCCGCAUAUUCUGCCUUUUGUCUCAACUAAAUAUUUGUUUUUAACCUGGGUUUACCUUCCUUGCGCUUCAUACAUUUGUUAUUUUUCUCUGAAUGUGAGCGUGUUUUGUAUUUGCCAAUAAAAGUCUG